GCAGGAAUCUGUCUGGAAAGAGAGGCAAUUCUGACCGAGGACGUUUGAGGCACGCACUCCGGGCAGGAAGUCUCCCCAGCUUUCUGAGGAUGAUAUCCGGCUAAAGCCCGAGGGAGAGAACCGUAGCGCCAACCUCCUGGAGCCUGCCACCAGCUCUCUUUCCCCAGACCCCCCAAAAAUGGAAAUUGAGGUCUCAGUUACAGAAUGUAAAAGUGUUCCUGGAAUCACUUUGACCCCACAUUCCAUGGACCACCCCUCCCCUUUCUAUUCACCUCCCCACAACGGUCUCCUCACUGAUCACCAUGAAUCCCUGGAUAACGAUGUGGCCAGAGAGAUCCAAUAUCUAGACGAGGUGCUGGAGGCCAACUGCUGUGAUUCUGCUGUGGACGGAACAUACAACGGAGCAUCCUCCCCAGAGCCUGGCACAGCCAUCCUGGGGGGCAGCCCGAUCCCACCUGCCCACACAGCCAUCCAGCCAGCACCCACUGAGAGAGCAGCUGGUAGGCAGGCGCCUCCUCACAUUGAGCUCAGUAAAAGCAACUCUGACACCAUGGCAGAAGGCGAAAGAGCAAACGGCCACCCUCACGGCCAGCCCCGAGAUACCCUGGGAGACAGCCUGCAGGCACCUGUGAGCCCCAGCUCCUCAACCAGCUCCCGGUGUUCUUCCCGAGAUGGGGAGUUUACGCUCACUACGCUGAAGAAAGAAGCCAAGUUUGAGCUGCGGGCCUUCCACGAAGACAAGAAGCCCUCCAAGCUCUUUGAGGAUGACGAGAGUGAGAAAGGACAGUACUGUGUCAGGAAAGUGAGGCCUUCAGAAGAGAUGCUGGAGCUGGAGAAGGAAAGGAGGGAACUCAUCCGCAGCCAGGCUGUGAAAAAGAAUCCUGGCAUUGCAGCCAAAUGGUGGAACCCCCCUCAGGAGAAAACCAUCGAGGAGCAGCUAGAUGAAGAGCAUCUGGAGUCACACAGAAGGUACAAGGAGCGCAAGGAGAGAAGGGCGCAGCAGGAACAGUUGCUGCUACAGCAACAACAGCAGCAGCAGCCCCCGCUGCAGUUCUGCCCGGCCCCUGCUUCCUCUCGGGAACAUUCAGCCAUGACUGAAAAUGCAAAGGAGGACAUCGUCACGGAGCAGAUAGAUUUCUCUGCUGCUCGUAAACAGUUUCAGCUGAUGGAGAAUUCCAGGCAAACAGGGACUAAGGGCCAGAGUACACCCAGGCUAUUCUCCAUCAAGCCCUUCUAUAGGCCUCUGGGAUCAAUCAACUCAGAGAAGCCAGUGACCGUCUCCAGACCAGCCUCUAUUGGAGGACCUCCAGAAGACAGUGCGGCAUUGACAGCCAAGGAGCAGAAAGCCUGUGCCCUUGAGAGCCAGACCAUGGGAGGAGGCCAGGGCAGCGCGGCCCCUCAGGGAAGGGAAGGGCCCUACAGUGAGCCCUCUAAACGCGGGCCAUUAUCUAAACUGUGGACAGAGGACAGAGAGUUUACAAGUGCCCGGGCAGUCCUCACUGUAGUCAAGGAUGAUGACCAUGGGAUUUUGGAUCAUUUCUCAAAAUCAGUCAAUGUCUCUUUGACCCCAGAGGAGCUUGACUCUGGUUUGGAUGAAUUGUCAGUGAGGUCCCAGGAUACCACUGUCCUGGAGACCUUGUCCAAUGAUUUCAGCAUGGACAACAUCAGUGACAGUGGGGCCUCCAACGAGACAACCAGUGCUCUCCAGGAAAAUUCCCUGGCUGAUUUUUCUCUGCCCCAGACUCCACAAACUGACAACCCCUCAGAGGGCCGAGGAGAAGGUGUCUCCAAGUCAUUUAGUGAUCAUGGUUUCUAUUCCCCUUCUUCCACACUGGGUGACUCUCCAUCAGUCGAUGACCCCUUGGAAUAUCAGGCUGGUCUCCUUGUGCAGAAUGCCAUUCAACAAGCCAUUGCUGAGCAAGUUGAUAAAGUUGUGUCUAAAACCAAGGAUGGAGUGGAACAACAGGGACCUGAAGCAACUCUCGAGGAAGCUGAAACCCGGCCUCCCUGCUCAGAGAAGCCUCAGAGCAUGUUCGAGCCACCUCAGGUGUCUUCUCCUGUUCGAGAAAAAAGAGAUGUAUUACCAAAGAUUCUGCCUGCUGAAGACAGAGCGCUCAGGGAAAGGGGGCCCUCCCAGCCACUGCCUGCCGUGCAGCCCAGCGGCCCAGUAAACAUGGAGGAGACCAGGCCCGAAGGGGGCUACUUUAGCAAAUAUUCAGAGGCAGCUGAGCUGAGAAGCACAGCCUCCCUACUGGCCACUCAAGAAUCAGAUGUGAUGGUCGGGCCCUUCAAGCUGAGGUCAAGAAAGCAGCGGACUUUGUCCAUGAUUGAAGAAGAGAUCCGAGCAGCUCAGGAAAGGGAAGAGGAGCUGAAGAGGCAGAGACAAGUUUUGCAGAGUACUCCGAGCCCCAGGGCGAAGAAGGCUGCAUCGCUGCCCUCCAGAACAACAAGCUACAAGACUGCCCCAGGGAAAAUAGAAAAAGUCAGACCUCCUCCAUCCCCCACAACUGAAGGUCCCAGCUUGCACCCUGACUUAGCCCCCGAAGAGGCUGCCGGAUCUCAGCGGCCCAAGAAUCUGAUGCAGACCCUCAUGGAAGACUAUGAGACACACAAAUCUAAAAGGCGCGAGAGAAUGGAUGAUAGUAGUGUCCUUGAGGCCACACGGGUGAAUCGAAGGAAGAGCGCGCUGGCUUUGCGCUGGGAGGCAGGCAUCUAUGCCAACCAGGAGGAGGAGGACAACGAAUGAACUUCCUUCAACCCAGGAAGCUUCUUUGGUGCUUGGGAUUGCCAAGAAACCAAGCAAUUAAGCAAUCAAAGCAUUUUAAUGGAGUAUUUAUUAAAGUGCAACCAAAUUCAGCAAUCCUACAUAGACCAAAAGCUGCAAUAGACAAUGAUGGAAAAUGAAUAUGGUGGAAAGGAAGGCCACUUAUCAAACCUGACACCCAGGAGUCAAAAGAGAAAGGACUUUUUGUUUGUUUCUUUUGUGACUCAAAGAAUCGUCAGGAUUUGGACCAAUCCAAUUGCUCAAAAAGGACAAAGAAGUUACAAGGAAAUCGUCAUGGUGAGUGCUG